CGUACAGCACAGAAACAGGCCCUUCGGCCCAACUCAUCUGUGCUGACCGUCCUAUUGGCUGUUCCUGGGAACCCAUUCCUCCAGUUGGCCGACCAGAUGAACUGCGAAUAUUAAACCUCUCUCUGUACUUGAUUGAAGCUGGUGAACGUGAUGUCACAAUGGGGCGCCGUGGCGUCUCCGGGCAACCGUUGGGUAGCAGCAGCUGGGGGGGUGAUGGAGAGGCUCCACCCUUUGGGGGUCCCGAGGGUCCGGAGGAUGUUGCUGGUGGAGGAGGCUGCAGGGACCAGGGACGAGGGGAAGCCCCAUCCUCACGAUCUGGUGCUGGUCGUAGUCUCCGUCAUGAGCUCUCUCCUCAUCGUACGAGCUCUCCCGUGCGUCACCGCCAGGUGGAAGAGGUGGAGGGAGAGGUGCGACCAGCGAGGGCUUGGCUUGGCGGGGUCUCAGCCGUGGAAACUCUGCCCCACUUCCCUGCCGUCUGUCGGACACCCGGCAGUUCCCUGUUCCCUAACCUCAGGCGGUCACCUCCGGCCCGGUGGGGGCAAGGAGACGUCUGGGGGUCAGCCCCCAACUGUCUGGAUCUCCCCUGUGACUGCCGAGGUGUCCACAGCUGACGGGCAUCCCCGCUGCCCCCUCCCCAAGGGGACCCCCCUUCCUGCCUUCAAUCCCCCAGCAAGCGACUCCAAGGACUUACUGCCCCUGCCCUUGGCUGACUUGCCCCUAUCGGCAGCUGUUUCCCCCCUCCCUGUCCCACUAGGUGCCCGAUUCCCGGCCACGCCAUCGGAGCCCGCCGUCUUUGACCUUGGGCAGCCCGGAGAUCCAGGGGUGAAGCUGCCUUGCAUUCCGGGAGGAAGGAGAUGUCUGUUGGAGUGGGAUGCCCUGGACAGGACACGCCAAGGCUGCCCCGUGUCGGACUCUAGUCUGGGUACUCUGGGUGUGCCUGGCUCCUGGUCUAGCUCUGCCACCCUUGUGGAAGGGGCAGUGGGCCCGGUGAUACCUCCUCAGUCGGUUCCAGCCAAUGGAGAACAGGUUCCAACUGCCCGACGGACCCCAUCGUCCCAGCAGACCCUGUGUCCAGAAGAAAGACAGGAAGGUCCCACCUGUUGGAACGGCGUGCCGUCACUAAUGCUGCGCGCAGCCAAGCCCAGUAGGUGGUCGAUCCGAGGGCUUUCCUCAGGGCCCAGAGCCAAUCCAGGAGCUGGCAAACAGGACAGGCUGUGCCCCUCGGUAGCCAGAGGUGACCGGCCCCUCGACCCUUCCCACUUCCCCAGCUCCCCCCGUCUUCCCGGCAGGCCGCAGGUCGAGGAUCCUUCGCCAAGGAGCUGCUGGAGCCCCCAGCAGCAACCCCCUGCCAGAUCGAGUCUGUUCCUGCCUGGGUGCAGUCUGGGGCUGUCCUCUCCUCUUCAGAACCAGGAGCCACCCGAUGAAUUCGUUGAGAUCGCUCUUGACGAGGCAUUCCCCGCAAAUCCCAAAAGGCUUCCCGAGAGCAGGGCAUGGACAGAGCCGCUGUUGGAAUUCUGGAGCAAGUUACUCCCAACCUCCAUCCUCAACUGUUUCCGCCAGGCGCAUGAGAUCCAGGGUCCUGGAGGGAAGAGUCAGGCUAAAACCCACAGCGACACCCCAAGGGUUUGGGUUGAGCCAGGAACACGUGGACUGGGAGCUGGAGACUUGUGGGGCAGGGUUCUGACCCUCUCUUGCUCUGAGCACACCCCGCUACCGUGGGGUAAAUCCUUCACCGACCUCUUGUUCCAAGAGUUAUUCAAACCCACCACAGUGACCAAGGAGGGGCAGACGGUAACUCCCAGGGGGUUGGAGGCUGAUGGGGAAUCGGACCCUGGCUUCCUGUCCAUCAACAUCAACACAGACCCAGUGAUGACCCCUGGCAGCGGGGCUGACCUUGGCCAACCAGGUGAAGCAGACGGCCCUUCCCGUAAGACCAUUCAGCCCAUCAAGUCUGCUCUGCCAUUCAAUCAUGGCUGAUUUUUUUCUUCAAACCCAUUCUCCCAUCUUCUCCCCGUUACCCUCAACUCCCUUCCCAAUCCAGAAUCUGCCUUAAACACACCCAAUGACUUGGCCUCCACAGCCGUCUGUGGCAAUGAAUUCCACAGAUUCACCGCCCUCUGGCUGAAGAAAUUCCUCCUCAUCUCAGUUCUAAAGGGACGUCCCUUUAUUCUGAGGCUGUGCCCUCGGAUCCCGGACUCUCCCACUGAUGGAAACAUCCUUUCCACGUCCACUCUGUCCAGGCCUUUCAGUAUCCGGGAGGUUUCAACGAGAUCCCCCCUCGUCCUUCCGAACUCCAUUGACAUCAAACGCCCCUCGUACGUUAACCCUUUCAUCCCUGGGAUCGUUCUUGUGGAAACCUGCUCUGGACCCUGUCAUCCUCCCUGAAUAAAUCCUGUUUGUGUCACUGAG